GUGUGUGUGUGUGACAUGCACAUGGAGUGACCAGCCCCACUCAUGGACACCCAGAGGAAGAGCUCUGGGGACGAUGACGGAGGAGAGCGAGGCCUGCUCCACACGUGGAAGGGCUACUCCUGCAGCAUCACCCCCGACCGGCUGCUCCUGCCCCGGCCCGUCCUCCAGGUCGCCCUGGGCACACGACACGGAGUUCUGUUGGUGGAAGGAGGACAGGUGUACAGUUUUGGGGAGCUGCCCUGGAAGCAGAGUCAUGUCCCUGGAGGACCCACCCAGGAAUGUGCUCUCAGUGGGCAGCGUGUGGUUGCCGUGGCAGCGGGCAGUUUCCACAGCGGGGCGGUGACGGAGGACGGCGGCGUCCACAUGUGGGGGGACAACGGUGCGGGACAGUGUGGCCUGUCGGGCCUCAGUGCCGUCCCCAACCCGACUCCGGUGGCUCUGCUGGACUCAAACUCCAGUCCUCCGCAGACGCUGCCCGUGCUGGAGCUGGCGUGUGGGGAGCAGCACACCCUGGCGCUGACGGUGCAGCGGGAGGUGUGGGCGUGGGGCAGCGGCUGCCAGCUGGGACUCAACGCUGCCACCUUCCCUGUGUGGAAGCCCCAGAAGGUUGAGCACUUGGCAGGGAGGUAUGUACUCCAGGUGGCCUGCGGCGCUUUGCACAGCCUGGCUCUGGUGCGCUGCCUGGGACCCCAGGACGUCCAGCGGCCCCCCGUGGACAAAUGCAGACACUGUAACCAGCUGCUGUUCACCAUGACGGACAAAGAGGACCACGUCAUCAUCUCUGACGGUCACUACUGCCCAAUGGCGGCGGAGCAAACUAAGGAUGAGAGGAAGCUGGAGACGCCUGGCGCCGCCCACGGACUCAAAACAUCUCCAUCUGAGCCCGUCCUCUCCUCUCAUACCUCCUCCUCCAACUCUGAUACCCCAGCACCUCAGACAAAUGCGGACCCCUCCUCUGACUCUGCCCCGAUCCAGGACCUGGACAAAGAGGAAACAACUGUGACUAACGGAGUCCUGCCUGGCUCAGACUCUGACCCCAGUGCUCAGUCUGAGGGCGGCGCUGUAGCAGUGGUCAAGAGUUCCCUCUAUCCAGACGAGCAGGCGGUCAAAGAGUACCUGAAGAAACUCACAGACAACACGCAGACAGAAGAGAAGACAGGAGGCCUGCACAGUCUGCUUCCUUCAGGCGUGGGGCUGGCCUCCAGCCCGAGCGCCACACUCAACAACCUGGUGGCCUCUUGCGCCUCGGCUGUGGGCGAGCGGGUCGCCUCCACCUACGAGGCCUUGUCCCUCAAAAAGAUGAUGAACUACCUGCCCUCUGGGGUCACGCGGUCCGGUGGGCCCACUGGGUUUACUGGUGCGAUCCCAGGAGUGGGCGACAACACCACAGAGCGUGUGCGCCAGGAGGACUCCAUGCAGGGCAAGAAGAGCUCCAGCACGGGAGACAUCCGCGAGGAGGAGGCAGAGAGCAUGCGGCGCCGCCUCUCGCUGCCGGGACUCCUCUCACAGGUGUCCCCGCGGCUGCUGAGGAAAGCCGUUCGCCCCAGGAUGCGCCCAGUCGCCCUCACCCCACUGGGAGCUGUGGUGCCCGAGGCCCCGGACGUGCUGCCCACCCUGCACACAGAGGUGUGGAGCUGGGGCCAGGGUGAGCACGGGCAGCUGGGACACGGGGACAACCAGGCCAGAAUACAGCCACAGUGCAUCAAGAGUCUGAACAGUAAGGAGGUGGUGCGGGUGGCGGCCGGCGCUGGUCAUUCCCUCGCUCUGACCGCUCAGUCUCAGGUAUUCUCAUGGGGAAACAACAGCGCCGGUCAGCUCGGACACAUGGAGACACCCAGCACCGUCCCCCGUCUCGCGAAGCUGUCGGAGGGCAUCCGGGUGUGGGACGUGAGCGCCGGGGAGAAACACACCCUCCUCCUGGCCGACGGCGACUGCAUCCAGCCCAUCAUCUAUUACAGCGGGCAGCAGGUGAAGGCGGGGGAGGAGGAGGGCGAGGCCAAGGAGCCAGGGCAUCAGGAAGAAGGAGAGGAGGAGCAGGAGCGGAAAGGGGGCUACACCCCCCAGCCCGUACUGCUGCCUUUCUGCAUGCAUCUGGGUUAUGUCAGCAGUGUGUUUGCGGGGGGCAACCGAUGCGUGGCGCUCUCGGACAGAAACGUGAUGGGCUUCAUCGCCAGCCUCCACGAGCUGGCCGCAACCGAGAGGAAGUUCUACUGCAAGCUGUGCAGCAUCAAGACACAGAUAAUACGCCCCUUGCUGGAGCUGGAAUCCCUGAGCUCCGCCCUUGGCCAGGUGACCUUCGGCCUCUUGCAGAUUCUUGCGGGUCAGUUCAGCCUCCUGUGUCACGUGACCGGGCAGCACGCCGCCAGCCUCACGGCCAACCUGCGGCGUGGUCGUGAGGUCAAAAGUCUGCUCAUCCUCGACCACGCCAGCAUCUUCCUCGACACCUAUAACGAGUACUGCAGCACCCUGGGCAGCUUCCAGGUGAUGGGAGGUGUCCAGGCCCUCACCAAGCCCUCGCUCGAUUUCUUUGGGAAGAGUCCUGGGCUGCUCCAGCGGCUGUCGGAGUGCAGCGAGGAGAACCCCCCCGUGGCAGACCUCCUGUCGGCGCUCUUCUACCUCCCGACGAACCACAUCCGUGAAUACGGCCGGCUGCUGCUCAAACUGGCCACCUGCUUCGAAGUGUGCUCCAAUGACUACCAGAAGCUGCAGGACAGCUGCUCCAAGUUUGAAGCGUUGGCCCUCCAGCUGAAGAGAAGACGGAAAGACGCCGAGUACACGUGUCACUUCUGGAAGAGCUUCCCUGGCAAAAUGACGGUAAACUCGCUGAGAGACUCUCUGAGGAAGCCUCACCGUCGGCUGAUCUGCGAGAGCAGCAACAAGGCUCUGACCCUGCAGAACGCCGGGAGGUUCUCCGUCAACUGGUUCAUCCUUUUCAACGACGCCGUGGUCCACGCACAGUUCUCUACCCAUCACGUCUUCCCUCUGGCCACGCUGUGGGUGGAGCCCAUCCCAGAGGAGAACACUUGCACAUACGGUUUGAAGGUGAUCACACCAGAGGAGACCUUCACCCUGCUGGCCUCCUCUGCCAUGGAGAAGGCCAAGUGGCUUCGCUCCAUCAACCAGACGGUGGACCAGGCGCUGAGCGGAGCCAUGUACGACACGGCAUCAUUCAGCCCGGGGGCGGGGCCAAAGCUGGAGCCUCCUCUCUCCAGGACGGCAUCCUACACUUUUUAUAAGGAUGGGCGUCUGAAAGAGGCCAAGUACGAAGGCCUGUGGCUCGCUGGCAAACCCAACGGCAGGGGAGUCUUAAAAUGGCCUGAUGGGCGAAUUUACACAGGGGAGUUCAAGAACGGACUGGAAGAUGGGUUUGGGGAAUAUGUCGCUCCCUUUAAAACGCUCAACAAGAACGAUCACUAUCAAGGUCACUGGAAAGAUGGGAAGAUGCACGGCCUCGGAACGUACAAGUAUGCCAGUGGUGAGGUUUACGAUGGAUCCUUCCAGGAUGGGAUGCGACACGGCCAUGGCAUGCUGCGCAGCGGCAAACUCAACACCUCCUCCCCCAGCGUCUUCAUAGGCCAGUGGCUGCAGGACAAGAAGACCGGCUACGGAGUCUUUGACGAUAUCACAAAGGGAGAGAAGUACAUGGGCAUGUGGCAGGACCACCUGCGACAGGGCACCGGGGUGGUCGUCACCCAGUUCGGUUUGUACUACGAAGGAACCUUCAAGGAUAAUAAAAUGAUGGGCGCUGGGAUCCUUCUGUCAGAGGACGACACGACGUAUGAGGGUGAAUUCUCCGACGACUGGACCCUGAAUGGGAAGGGUGUGCUGACCAUGGCGAACGGGGACUACCUGGAGGGCUCCUUCGGUGGCGAAUGGGGCUCCAGCCUCAAGGUGACGGGCUCCUACUUCAAACCACACCUAUUCGACACCGACAAAGAAAAGACUCACGUCGUGAAGCUCGGCCGUCUGUGCGUGUGCUCGGAGGACAAGUGGAAGGCGGUGUUUGUGGAGUGCUGGAGUCAGCUGGGCUGCGAGACGCCGGGGCAAGGGGAACACGGGAAGGCGUGGGAGAAUAUCGCCGUGGCACUCACCACCACCCGGUGGCAGCUCCAGGACAGGCCGGAGAUUCUCUCUCGGAGCCACAGUAGAACCCUGGAGAGUCUGGAGGUCGUCCCGCAGCAUGAAGGACCCAUCACUAUGGACCGAUAUCACACCAUCCGCCUCUACCUCAUCAAGGCGUGCGACACCCCCCUCCACCCACUGGGACGGCUGGUGGAGACCCUGGUGGCGGUCUACAGGAUGACCUACGUGGGCGUGGGAGCCAACCGGCGACUCCUGCCUCAGGCCGUCAAUGAAAUCCAGUCUUACCUCAACAGCAUCUUCCAGAUUGUCAGGUUCCUGUUCCCAGACCUGCCAGAGGAGGGCGGCCAGGUUCCAGAGCCGAGCACCAACCUCCAGGACAAGAAGGAGCCGGGCUCGACUGAUGCCCCACUGCAGUCACCCAAACCUGUCCGUGUGGUGAGCUGCUCGGCUCUGCUGCUUCCCGUCCUGCUGCCUCGUCUCUACCCGCCGCUCUUCACCCUCUACGCCCUCGACAAAGAGAAGGAAGACGGCGUCUACUGGGAUUGCGUCCUGCGCCUCAACAAGCAGGCCGACCUCGCCCUCCUUGCCUUCCUGGGCGUCCAGCAAAAGUUCUGGCCUGUUUCUGCCUCCAUACCUGCACUGGUGGAGAAGCAGCAGGUUCUCUCCAGCACCAAAGACGCCUGCUUUGCCUCUGCAGUGGAAACUCUGCAGCAGAUUAGCACGACGUUCACCCCCUCUGACAAGCUGCAGGUGAUCCAGCUCACCUUCGAGGAGAUCACGCAGGAAGUCCAGUCCCUGCUGAAGCAAGACUUCCUGUGGUCCAUGGACGACCUCUUCCCCGUCUUCCUCUACGUUGUGCUGCGAGCUCGUAUCAGGAACCUGGGGUCAGAGGUCAGCCUGAUCGAAGACCUGAUGGACCCCAGCGUCCAGCACGGAGAGCAUGGCAUCAUGUUCACCACGCUCAAGGCGUGUUACUACCAGAUCCAGCAUGAGAAGAUCACUUAGCGUGGCGUUACUCCAUCUGUGAUCCACACCCUCAUGCCCCCCCCCCUCCGCUUAGACACACACCGAGGCGAUCGCAGGGCCAGGACCAACCGGGCUUUGGAUUUGAUGGAUGUGUGCGGCGGCCAAUGGGAGGCGGAGGAUCACACGAACAGGUUGCAGGCAGGCUCCAUCUGCUGCUGUCAUGGAGACGGCGGUCACUGUCUCUGACACACACACAUACAAACACUGUGGAGGUGUUCUCCUUCUCAAUGACCUUUACCGGCCUCUUAUCUACGGAUCGUGAAGUUCCACACGUGACCAGUUCCACUUGGUACCGUCCAGUGUGAAAUGAUGAGGCUCACACCUGAAAGACUGUGGGAGACCCCGAAGUGGCUGCUGUUGGAUACUACAUCGUGAAGAGCUUUUUCACUGGUUCAUUCUUUUUUUUAGUUAGUGAUAAUGAGACUGCUUUUUUUCUGCAUUCUGUGAAAAACCGGACCUCAUUUUCUACCUUCUCCCACAUUUCCGGUGUGAAAAUCCACUUUUUACGGCAGAUUAAUUGCUGAAACUUUCUUUUCAUUUCAACUCUCUGGACUCUUUUAUGAAGAAAUCGGACAGGACAAAAAGAAGAGCACGAUCUCCCAAGAGCAUGUGACUUUCUGAAUGUGACCUGAAUGAUGUUUUUUAAUUUAAACCGAACCGACAGUAUUCUUACAGCUCGUUUAGCGCAGUGUUUUUUACCACUACAGGGGAGCGUCUGCUCCUUAGUGUUAUUUGGGGAAGUAAACCAGACGUGCAAUUGCGAAACAAACCAGUUGGUAGUUUUAAAAGAGAGAAGAGUGACGGGUUAGUUUUGAGAAUGUGGUUCUUGAUAACCUUCCCACCUUCGAUCUCAACUGAAACUCUGUUAAGCCGUCUCAUGGAUUGGACUGGACAGCACGCCACGGUUUGAUAAUGUAGCUGUACAGUUGGUGAAUACACACCGACUUGACUUUAACUCUAAAUGACUCAUGAAUACGGUACGGAGCAGUUGGCAGCCGAGCAGCUACUCCAACUUCCAAUUCCAAUUAGUACAGGGAGAAGAGCGCUGACGGUUUUCUGUGCGCCUGAUCAUCCCAGUGACUUGAUUCUGUAGACGCAGCUUUAGCUGGAUUUAUUCACUUGAAGGCACACACGUAUUUCAAAUGCACACUUAAACUUUUAUGGUUUGUUUCCUACUGCAAAACCAGCUUAAGAGCUCCAUCUAAAUACGGUGAAAAGAAAUGUGCUCUCCCAGACAAUCUGAACACGUCUAGUGUUUGUUUCUGACCCCAUAUCUCAGUAUUAUUUCAUAUUGGGGUUUUAAAUGCAACUUAAUCUUUACAGUCUAUUUACAUAUUGUUCCUGCUGUGUAACAUCCGACUGCUCCAAAUCCAGAUCAUCCUGAAUUCUCCAGAUCAACUGAAGGAUUGAAUGUUCCUUCCCAUCUAAAAGAUAAAUAGACUAUUUAAAUACCCAGCGGCUUUUCUGAAAACCCCAUAUAGCGUGUCCGAGUUUUGGAGAAGCAUGUUCAACAGAACGGUGACGACAUAUGUCCGCGUGCUGCGUUUGUAAAUGGCAAUCAUCAGUGCAAAUCUUUUUAUUUAGCAGAGCAGAAGACUUAAGGACAUUCCGCUGAUAAAGAUCAGCUCUUUCCCAACUGACCAUAAGUAUGAAUUAGGUCUUUGGAUAAAGCUUUGGAUCAGAAAACUGAAAAUAGCCCUAAGAGUUCUUGAUCUUUGAAAUAUUGAACACAAAAGUUGAUAUUUUUCCCGAUGCAAGUGGAGCGUCUGCAGAGAGGCCGGGCGGUCGGCAUAAUGCAAACACUGUUAUUUUAGAUCCAAAGCCGGUUCUCUGCCCUUGUUUCUGUUAAUACUGAUUGUUCUUUUUUUUUAAACCAUACACAGCACUAACCGUCCGACAUUGUUGCUUAUUUGCGUCACACAUGCCAGUUUAUAGAAAGGGCUUAAGAGAGGAUUCAGAGGAUGAUCAAGCCUUUUUUAAUGUCAUGGCUUUUGUUUUCUCAGACGGUUUAACAAUAGAAAAGCCACUGGCCCACAUGCAGGAUUUUUUUUGGAAGGAAGUUGAUGCCAAAUGGGUCAAAUUUAAAUCUAGAAUUCUAAUUGUGCUCCUGUGCACUAUUAAAUUGAAACUGAUAGGAGGAUGAUGGAUUUUGCGUGUUCAAAUAAAUCAAUAAGUCCUCCAGGCACUUUGUAAUGUAAGAAUUUCAAGAGCUGUCAUCCAAAGUAAACCUCUCAGAGCAGAACCAUUUAAAAUCAGGCAUCUCUCAUACUUUUGUGACUUUUGUGACAACCGUGACAGCAUCCUUCUGUCAUCGAUUAUAACCUCCUAUCAAUCUCGGGACCGUACGUGCCUGACUCUCAAAUCAGUGAAGCAAUAGUGUCACUGUAACAGAGAAAAUCUUCCCCCCCAAAUAAACUAUGGAUGCGCUGUAGUAAAAACAUUUUAAUUGAAUUGUUGCUGCUGCCAUUUAAAAGGAAGGACACACAACUGACGACCCAUUCAGAUCGUGAUAUUUAUUUUAACCACUGUACCGUGACUGACUCUGACAUGAAGAGCUGCUUUAUGUUGUCAAUGUAAACUGAAGAGAAUUGUUCAUAAGAACGAUUCAAACCCCGCGACAACUGACCGCUUUGAUGUACUGACCUCAACCGCAACAGUUCACGAUGGAGAUACCUGAGUUUGUUGUAAAAAGUAACUGUAAAGAGUUUGCUGUUAUUCUUUGUUUCAGCUGGCUGACAUGACGCCGAACCUGUGUGUCUUUUACAUGAUGUCACGUGUGUUGUACCUUUUUAAAUGACAAAGAAGGGCAAUAAACGUAUUUAAUGGACAUCGCGAA